AUGUACACGGCGUCGGUUGCCUUCUUCGAGGCCAUCUGGGAUGCUGGCAUCACGCACUGUUUCGUCAACCUGGGCUCGGACCACCCCAGCAUCAUGGAGGUCAUGGUGCAGAGGCAGCACGAUGGACGGUUCUUUCGUAUUAUGACCUGUCCCAGCGACCCAUGGAUCGAAGACCGGAUCUGUCAUGCGCCCUUCGCCCUCUUGCUCGGUGAUGGAUCAGUCUCCCUGGAGUCUUCCCCAGAGUUUCCCUAA